AUGUUGCUGAGCCUUUUCUUCAAACAUGUGUAUCCAUACACCCCGGUGGUGGAUCGCUGCCAACUGGUCGCCGACCUCCAAGCCGGCAAUUGCUCUUCUUUUCUUCUACAUGCCAUUUUCUCCAUCACGGUCCCGUACUCAGACGAUACGUCCCUCAGGCACAUGGGAUACGACAGCGUGACUGACGCCCAGCGGGCGUUCUUCUCCCGUGCCCGGCUGCUCUUCGAUUUUGGUUGUGAGGCGAACCAGUUGACCCUGCUUCAAGGCUCGUUCCUCCUUAGCUCGUUCCAGAACUCCUUUGCGCCUGACAAAGAUUGCCGGUUCUGGUUGAAUCAGGCAGUGCACAUUGCCACACUCAUGGGUCUGCACCGUCGAAACGUAGAGAACGAGCUUCAGCCGUCGUUGCAGAGGGUUUGCCGUCGUAUUUGGUGGCUACUUUAUCAACGCGAUAUCAUGUUUAUGUUGGCAGGGUUCGAGAACACCAGGCACAUCAAUGAUGAGGAAGUUGACUCACGCCCAGUCUGCCCUGAAGACUGGUUAGAAACAGCUCCCACCGCAGUAUCACCCCCACUCUUGCCAGCCAUCCCCGAGGUGCAGAUACAGUUCUUCAUCGAAAACUGCAAACUUGCCAAACUAGGCGCGGAAUGUCUAAGACUAUCUCUCACCACCGACGUGGCUCCAUCCAUGUCCCGCGUGCGCGAAAUCGGGCAAGCAAUCGUCGACUGGCGCGUCAGCCUACCCGCCGGGCUGCGCGCAGAAGGGUCGCUCUACGGCAAUCAGACCGAUAUCUGGCAGUCGGUUAUCCUUAUAUUUGGUUUCCGCCUGGAAUGCCUAUUUUACCGGACCGUCCGCCGAUUCUCGUCCUCAUUCAGCUCCUCGGAUCGUGAGUGGGUGAGCCAGCGCCUUCUCGGUGCCAUGUUUGAUCUCAGCACCGUCUUGCGCCGCGCCAUGGCCCUUGACAUUCUCUCCGCUGGACCGCCAGCUUUGAUCGUAUGCACCACGCAGCUCCUCGCUUUGCAGAUCGAAACCGUGCUCAGUCCCCAAUGCAGCAGGGGGACGCGGCACGCACUCAAAGCAGAUAUCAACGCCAUGCUGGCGCACCUGGAGGACGUCAAGGACUGCUGGCUCAACGCCAAGUGGGCUUCCCGGGUUUUCGGCUGGGUGGUAGGUCGAACGGGGUUGUCACUGCGCGAGCCAGAAUUGCCCAGGGGAUCAAUGGCAAGCGGCCCGGAUGGGGGGCAUCUGUCCUCAAAUGUGCCAGGGGCCGGCGAGCAGCCGUCGCAAAACCACCCGCAGCCGGAAUACCUCAAUGAUGGCUAUGAAGUAGGUCAAGGGGGCGCCUUUUUCGAUCCUUCUGAGGGGCUCCCCGAGACCUGGCUCGAAGACAUGAUGAAUUCCGGUAUUCUAGAAGAACAGGACAGGGCUAUAUUCGACGUAAUGGACAUGCGGAUGGCUUUUUGA